UGCAGUUCAUGAUAAGGAUGGAGGGAUUAAUUUCAUCUCCUCCAGGUUUAAAGAUAAAAAGGUCCUUCUUCUUCUUGAUGAUGUGGAUGAUGUCGAUCAAGUGAGAUGUUUGGCUAGUAACCAUGAUUGGUUUUCUUUGGGAAGUACGAUCACUAUCACCACCAGAAACAAGGGGGUUCUUGAAGAAGCUAGGGUGGACCACAAUUAUGAACAUGAGGUAUUGGAUAACAAUCAAUCUUUGAUUAUGUUUAGCAGACAUGCAUUUUGAAAGGACUCUCCUCCAAAGGAAUUUGAGGACCUAACUCGUGAAGUCGUAUCCAUCACCAAAGGUCUUCCCUUAUCCCUUGAGGUUUUAGGUUCAUUAUUGGGCACGAAAAAGCCAGCAUUCUGGGGAGGUACAAUAGAAAAGUUAAGAAAAGUGCCUCAUAAGAAAGUGCAAGAGAAGUUAAGGAUAAGUAUUGAAGCAUUAGACUAUAACCAAAAACAAAUCUUCUUGGAUAUUGCUUGUUUUUUCAUCGGCACUAGCAAGAAUAUUGUAUCCUACAUGUGGGACGCUUGUGGCUUUUUCCCAAAGGAGGGAAUUGAAGUAUUGAUAUUAAUGUCAUUGAUAAAAGUUGAAGAUGAUCAUGUGCUCAGAAUGCAUGACCAAUUGAGAGAUCUUGGUAGGGAAAUAGUUCGCGAGGAAAACCAACAGGAGCCUCAAAACCGCAGCAGGUUAUGGGACUAUGAGGAAGUCCAGAGAGUGCUAAAUCAUAAUAAGGGAACGGGCAAGAUUGAGGGGAUUAAUCUUAGUAAUCGCCCUGGCAGAAUUUACGCAGAAAAACAAUUCAAGAAUUUGACGAGUCUAAGAUUCCUUCAAUUAGAUUGGUGGGCACAUUUAAGUGGAGAUUUUAAGGACUUAAUGGAGGAGUUAAAAUGGCUUCAAUGGCAACAUUGUCCAGCGAAUUUCGAAGUAAACAAUUUUUGCGUAAAGGAAUUAGCUGUACUCGAUUUGCAAGGAAGUUAUAUAAAUGAGAAAUGGGGAGGAUGGAGUUUUUUCAAGAUGGCAAAGAAGCUUAAAUAUCUAGACCUUUCGUAUUGUCGACGCUUGGAAAAUACGGACUUCCUCUCAGCUUUUGAGAAGUUAGAGGUUCUCAUCCUCGGGGGGUGUACUGCACUGAAGCGAAUCGACGCUUCCAUUGAAGACACGGAGGGCCUCCUUUGCUUGGAGCCGUGCUCGUCCUACGCGCUUCAUCUCGCGGGAGGCGCCGACGCAGGCGCCGAACGCCCGUUCCUCGUUUCGCCUUGGGAGCUUCCAGCAGAAAUAGGUAAAUUAAAAUCACUGCGACAACUCGAUCUAUCCAGUACUCCAUCCCUUUCUGCAUUACCAAAUAGCAUAGGGUCUUUGGAGAAUCUAGAGAUUCUAGAUAUUUCUUCCAGUGGUAUAGAAGAAUUACCCAAUGGUAUUGGGAGUCUGAGAAAGCUCCGAGAGUUACGUGCUUCCAAUUGCGAAGAUCUGAAAUGGAUACUAGUAGAAAUCAUGGCUAAUCUUUCUUCCCUACGACGCCUUGAUUUUAUAUACUGCGACAAGCUCCAAUCGCUGCCGGAGCUUCCUUCCGGCUUAACAGAUUUGCGUGUCACUUGUCAAAGUCGCAAAUUGCCUUCGCUUUCCCACCUAGCCCAUCUCAAGGAACUAGUAGUUCACGGUUGCGAUAAUCUCCAAAGGCAUCCAGGAGCUUCCAUCAACGCAAUUAAAGAGUUCAAAAUGCUCCCAACCGACGGACAUUGA